GCAGCUCCAAGGUCUGAAGCUGUGGGGCUGCUGAAGGAUGCUGACCUGCGGGCAGCCCUGGACGUGCUGCGGUGUUACGACUUGCACUCGAUCGUGGAGGAGUGGUUCAUUGAGGUGCUGCAGACGGACCUUCAGGCGAAUAUAGCUCCCGAGUUCUGGAACUGCAUUGGCCAGUAUGAAAACACGGCUGAGGAGCCCCAGUGCUCCUCGCUCCUUCUGGAUGCGUUUUGUCUUCUCAAGUGCCGCCUGGACCCCUACCUGAACAGCCUGGAACUUCUGGAGAGGUGGACCAAGGCAGGCUUGCUCCUGGGGACAGGCGCUCAGGUGCUGCAAGAAAAGGUCUACACCAUGUUCAAAGCUAUCCUUUUUUUCUCCACUACCAAGUCCUUCCAGGAAAUGAUCCAGCAGUUCUACAGCCGCACUUUCAGGAUAUACAUGCGGCAGUGGAAGAAAGGAGAAGAUGGAAUGAACGAGUGCGAGAGCAGCAUGAGUGAGACUGAGCAGGAGAGCGACACGGAGGAGGGCGGAGGAGAGAGCCCGCUGUGCGCAGGCUGCAGCAGCAAGAGGGAGCAGUGUUGGUGUCCCAAAGCCAUGGAGCAGUUUCAGCAGCUCAAUGACAUUCUCCGCCGGCUGAAUUUGCUGGAGAGAGUGAGCGCCGAUGCUGUCACGACCAUCUUGCACCAGAUGAUAGAGGAGAGGAUGGAGCAACGAUGCAGGGGGGAGUACGAGCACUCCUUCCUGAAUGAGUUCCAGGAGUGGAUUGAGAAAGUGAUUGGCUGGCUCAGCAGAGUUUUUCUGCAAGAUGGUCCCUUGGCACGUUCCUCUCCAGAAGCUAGCAGCACCUUGAAGCGCUGGCGGUGCCACGUCCAAAGGUUCUUCUACCGCAUCUACGCCAGCAUGCGCAUUGAAGAGCUCUUCAGCAUUAUUCGAGAUUUCCCAGAGUCAAAGCCGGCUGUGGAGGACCUCAAGUUCUGCCUGGAAAGGACUAAUCAGAGGCAGCAGCUCCUCAGCUCCCUGAAAAGUGCUCUGGAAAUGCGACUUCUGCAUCCUGGAGUCAACACAUCCGACAUCAUCACUCUGUAUAUCUCGGCCAUCAAGGCCUUGCGGGAGCUUGACCCCUCCAUGGUUAUCCUGGAGGUCGCCUGUGAGCCCAUCAGGAAGUAUCUGAGGACUCGGGAAGACACGGUGCGGCAGAUUGUGGCCGGUCUCACGGGCGAUGCUGAGGGCUCCGGUGAUCUUGCAAACGAGCUCUCGAAAGCUGACCCGGUGACGCUGGAGAAUGGCCAAGAGAGUGAUGAUGACAUCUCAGAACCGGCGGACUGGGUUCCUGACCCGGUUGAUGCAGAUCCAGGAAAAUCAAGUUCCAAACGUCGGUCCUCAGACAUCAUUAGUCUGCUGGUGAGCAUCUAUGGCAGCAAGGACCUGUUUAUCAAUGAAUACCGCACGCUUCUGGCUGACCGGCUACUACAUCAAUUCAACUACAGUGCUGAGAGGGAAAUCCGCAACGUGGAGCUGCUGAAGCUGCGGUUUGGCGAAGCUCAGAUGCACUAUUGUGAAGUCAUGUUAAAAGAUAUGGCUGACUCGCGACGCAUCAAUGCCAACAUUCGUGAUGAGGAAGAAAAGCUCCCAGAGGAGGAGAGGCCACCGUUCAGCCUUGUUGCCGUUAUUCUGUCUAGUGAGUUCUGGCCGCCACUGAAAGAGGAGAAGCUAGAGCUUCCAGAGCAGGUCAAGGAAGCCAUGGAAGCCUAUUCUAAAAAGUAUGAGAAAUUAAAGGCCAUGAGGACCCUGAACUGGAAGUACCACCUGGGCCUGGUGAGCUUGGAUGUGGAGCUGGCAGAUCGCACCCUCUCCCUGUCCGUCUCUCCUGUGCAUGCUGCCAUCAUCCUGCACUUCCAGACCAAGAGUACGUGGACACUGACAGAGCUGAGUGAAGUGCUCAAGGUGCCCGUGACAUCGCUGAAGCGGAAGAUGACGCUGUGGCUGCAGCAGGGUGUCCUGCGUGAAGAUCCCCAAGGCACCUUCACUGUGAUUGAGGAGGAGCAGAAGGACCAGGUGGAGAAGGUUGUUCUGAUAGACAGUGACGAGGAGGGGGACUCUGCCAUGGCGUCGCAGGCUGACCAGAAAGAGGAAGAGCUGCAGCUGUUCUGGACGUACAUCCAGGCUAUGCUGACCAACCUCGAGAGCCUGUCCUUGGAGAGGAUUCACAGCAUGCUGAAGAUGUUUGUGAUGACAGGCCCAGUGGUUACAGAAAUCGAUAUACAAGAGCUGCAGGGUUUCCUCCAGAAAAAGGUCCGGGACCAGCAACUCAUCUACUCCGGAGGCGUCUAUCGCCUGCCCAAGAACUGCAACUAGACUGCAAGCGUCCCUGCUGUCCCCUCUGUGUC